AGAAAGGGUCUCAUGGAGCUCGUGUUGUUCUUAAUAGUCUAGAGAUGACCUUGAACUUCUGAUCCUCCUGCCUUCACCCCCAUUGAAUCUUGUGGUGGUCCCAGCCCCCACCUGGCAGGGUGGGGGCCAUGGAGGAGGAGAAAACGGAAAACCUGUGGCAUAAGAGCUGGCCGGGUUUUUCGGCCCCACAGAUUUAUUCUGAGGAGACGGACAGUACGUCAUCAUAUGAAACUGUCCUUGACAGUGAGUUAGAGGAGGACUACUUCUCCUGCGUAGAGGAUUUAGACAUGGAGGAUGACAGCGGAGAGGCUGAGAUCCAGGAGAAGGGCAGCAUCACCAUCCAGUCAGGCCUCCAUCUGCUCUGUGCCCUGCACCAGAGGGAAGACCCUGAAGAAAAUAUGGGCCCUAGCCCAAGCCAAAGCGAAGUAAUUGAAGACACCAUUGGUGCUCCCCUCAGCCAGGGAUUAGUCCCUGAGGUCAGCAUGGGCACUGGCCCCAGCAGGGAUACUGACUCCAAGACAGGCCAUGGCCCAAGCCAGGGCAUAGACAUUUAUGAAACCGGUUAUUGUGCUCCCGAGAGCCAGAAUACAGUGCCCAAUGUCAGCACGGGCACUGGCCCCAGCAGGGAGAGUGAGGGCACCAUAGGCCAUGGCCCAAGCCAGGCCAUAGACAUUGACAAAACCGGUUAUUGUGCUCCCGAGAGCCAGAAUACAGUGCCCAAUGUCAGCACGGGCACUGGCCCCAGCAGGGAGAGUGAGGGCACCAUAGGCCAUGGCCCAAGCCAGGCCAUAGACAUUGACAAAACCGGUUAUUGUGCUCCCGAGAGCCAGAAUACAGUGCCCAAUGUCAGCACGGGCACUGGCCCCAGCAGGGAGAGUGAGGGCACCAUAGGCCAUGGCCCAAGCCAGGCCAUAGACAUUGACAAAACCGGUUAUUGGAGAGUGAGGGCACCGUAG